AUGUCUUCACGGUCACCCGACGCCGACAAGGCUCACGAAGAAUUCAACCACCAACUCGCUAUAAAACUUUCGAGGGCGCUCAACCUCGUCAACCCCAAUGACUUGCUUGCUGAGCGAGUGUCGGACAUUGCAAAGACAAACUCGGUGGAUGGAUUUGUGCAAGCGGCGCGAGCUUUCGGCAAGUUUAAGGACUCGUUUCUUACUGAGCUGCAUGCCGAAAUCUUGUCCCAUGCAAAGCAGGAGGCAUCCGGCGUAGCUCCCCGCCCUGUCGAAGGUAUCACCGUGCAUGACAGUGAAGUACUCGAGCCAGAUCCCGUACGCCAAGGCGGCCUUAUGCGCCAGGAUGCUCGUCAUGCCUUCCGUCAACCCGCGAAGCCCAUUGAACCGCCGACUCCUCGUGGUUCUUUGCUAGGUCUUGAUAGGCUUGCAAAGGAGAAGAGGGAGGAAAACGCAAAUGGUAAUGGUCCUCGGAAGAAGCCAAGAUUGGACAACGGCGGCGAUGCUGUAUUCAAGGCCCGCUCCAGCAACAUGCGCCAAAGAGGAGAAGAGACACCCUCUCAUCCCGGUGGUAUAUCCGACAUCGCACGUCUAAGGUUAGAUGAGCACAGGAGAAACAAAGAGAAGCAGCGAGAGGGCAUUACUGCCAUGAAUGAACGUAAGGACGGCGGUCCACGUGGUUUAGGCGACUUUCAGCGCCGUUCAAACCGAGACAACGACCGGGACUGGCGCGGAAGGGGGAGACACAACGACAACAGAGAACGGGACCGAGGUUGGGAGUCUACGCCAAAGUCGGAGAGGGGUGGUGGGCGUGAUGGGCCGAGUGUACGCGUGCCCAAUGUAGGAUGGGACUCGACUCCACGCGGACGCGACGGCGAGGGUUCGGGAUGGGGCAGGGCUCGCAAUCGUGGGUGGGAUGCGCCAACGCCUCGAGUUGCGAGGGACGGGAGUCCAGAGGAUGAUGGUCUGCUUGGCGUUGAUGCUAGAGAGUGGGAAGACGAGCAGCUUAGGCUGGAUCGCGACUGGUACACGGGAGCUGAAGAGGGCGUUCUUGCUGGGGAUGAAGAGCACAACCCGUUGGCUCAAUACGAAGACCUGACUGCGAUCAGGCAGGCCGAGAUUGCAACCAAGCAGACGAAGCGGAUAUCGGCGAAGCAAGCUCAAUAUAAUGCUGACAAUGACCUCUGGGAAGCCAACCGAAUGGUCACUUCUGGAGUGGCGCAGCGGAAGAAUCUUGACCUGGACUUUGAGGACGACUCAGAAUCGACCGUGCAUGUUAUGGUUCACGACCUGAAGCCCCCAUUCCUCGAUGGAAAGACCGUAUUCACCACGCAACUCGAACCGAUCAACCCUAUUCGUGAUCCGACGAGCGACCUGGCUAUCUUCUCCAAGAAAGGGAGUGCACUCGUCAAGGAGAAGCGUGAGCAAGCCGAACGGCAAAAAGCUGCGGCCAAGCUCGCGCAUCUGGGUGGUACACAGCUCGGUAACAUCAUGGGUGUCAAGGACGAAGAUGCUGCGGCCGAGGGUGCGUGCUCUCUCUUUUCUAUAUGUAUCUAUGCGUUGGACAUUCACGUAGCUUUUUUGGCGCUGUUUAGCGGAGGCCGAGGCGGCUGCCAAGGCCGGUGGGGAGGAGAACUACAAGGGGGACUCCAAGUUUGCUAG